AUGAUCACCUCAGCCGCUGGAAUUAUCUCUCUUCUGGAUGAAGAAGAACCACAGCUUAAGGAAUUUGCACUGCACAAAUUGAAUGCAGUUGUCAAUGACUUCUGGGCAGAGAUUUCUGAGUCUGUAGACAAAAUAGAAGUUUUGUAUGAAGAUGAAGGUUUCCGGAGUCGGCAGUUUGCAGCCUUGGUGGCAUCAAAAGUAUUUUAUCACCUGGGGGCUUUUGAAGAGUCUCUGAAUUAUGCUCUUGGAGCAGGUGACCUGUUUAAUGUCAGUGAUAACUCUGAGUAUGUGGAGACUAUUAUAGCAAAAUGCAUUGAUCACUACACCAAACAGUGUGUGGAAAAUGCAGAUUUGCCUGAAGGAGAGAGAAAACCUAUUGACCAGAGAUUGGAGGGCAUUGUGAAUAAAAUGUUCCAACGGUGUCUUGAUGACCACAAGUAUAAGCAGGCUAUUGGCAUUGCUCUGGAGACGCGAAGACUGGACAUCUUUGAGAAGACCAUACUGGAGUCGAAUGAUGUCCCUGGAAUGCUUGCUUAUAGCCUCAAGCUCUGCAUGUCUUUAAUGCAGAAUAAACAAUUUCGAAAUAAAGUACUAAGAGUUCUAGUUAAAAUUUAUAUGAACUUGGAGAAACCCGAUUUCAUCAAUGUUUGUCAGUGCUUAAUUUUUUUAGAUGAUCCUCAGGCUGUCAGUGAUAUCUUAGAGAAACUGGUAAAGGAAGAUAACCUCCUGAUGGCCUAUCAGAUAUGUUUUGAUUUGUAUGAAAGUGCUAGCCAGCAGUUUCUGUCAUCUGUGAUCCAGAAUCUUCGCACUGUUGGUACUCCGAUUGCUUCUGUGCCUGGAUCCACCAAUACUGGUACUGUUCCAGGAUCAGAAAAAGACAGCGAGGCGAUGGAAACAGAAGAAAAGACAGGCAGUGCACUUGCUGGAAAGACACCAGAAGCGAGCCCAGAGCCCAAGGACCAGACUUUGAAAAUGAUCAAAAUUUUAAGUGGUGAAAUGGCUAUUGAAUUACAUCUGCAGUUUUUAAUACGAAACAAUAACACAGACCUUAUGAUUCUAAAAAAUACAAAGAGAAAGAUCAACCAAGAUAAUUUGGAGUGGUUGGCCAGAGCCACUAACUGGGCAAAAUUCACAGCUACAGCCAGUUUGGGUGUAAUUCAUAAGGGUCAUGAGAAAGAAGCAUUACAACUCAUGGCAACAUACCUUCCCAAGGACACCUCUCCAGGCUCCGCCUAUCAGGAAGGUGGAGGCCUCUAUGCAUUGGGUCUCAUCCAUGCCAAUCAUGGUGGCGACAUAAUUGACUACCUGCUUAACCAGCUUAAAAAUGCCAGCAAUGAUAUCGUGCGACACGGUGGCAGUCUGGGUCUCGGUUUGGCCGCCAUGGGGACCGCGCGACAAGAUGUAUAUGAUUUACUAAAAACAAACCUGUAUCAGGAUGAUGCUGUGACAGGAGAAGCAGCUGGUCUGGCCCUAGGUCUAGUUAUGUUGGGUUCUAAAAAUGCCCAGGCUAUUGAGGACAUGGUUGGCUAUGCCCAAGAAACUCAGCAUGAGAAGAUUCUGCGUGGGCUUGCAGUUGGCAUUGCAUUAGUGAUGUAUGGGAGGAUGGAAGAGGCUGAUGCUCUCAUUGAAUCUCUCUGUCGCGAUAAGGACCCAAUUCUUCGACGGUCUGGAAUGUAUACCGUAGCCAUGGCUUAUUGUGGCUCUGGUAACAACAAAGCUAUUCGACGCCUGCUCCAUGUUGCUGUAAGCGACGUUAAUGACGAUGUCAGAAGGGCAGCAGUAGAAUCACUUGGAUUCAUUCUGUUCAGGACCCCUGAACAGUGCCCAAGUGUUGUGUCGUUGUUGUCAGAGAGUUACAAUCCUCAUGUGCGCUACGGAGCUGCAAUGGCCCUGGGGAUCUGCUGUGCUGGUACAGGGAACAAGGAAGCAAUUAAUUUGUUAGAACCAAUGACAAAUGAUCCUGUGAACUACGUGAGGCAAGGUGCUCUCAUCGCUUCGGCUCUCAUCAUGAUCCAGCAGACUGAAAUUACGUGUCCAAAGGUGACUCAGUUCCGACAGCUAUAUUCCAAAGUCAUCAAUGAUAAACAUGAUGAUGUCAUGGCCAAGUUUGGCGCUAUUUUGGCCCAGGGCAUACUGGACGCAGGUGGUCAUAAUGUCACCAUCUCCUUACAGUCCAGGACUGGGCACACCCAUAUGCCUUCUGUGGUUGGCGUCCUUGUCUUUACCCAGUUCUGGUUCUGGUUUCCUCUUUCACACUUCCUGUCAUUGGCUUAUACCCCUACCUGUGUCAUUGGCCUAAACAAGGACUUAAAGAUGCCAAAAGUUCAGUAUAAAUCCAACUGUAAACCUUCCACAUUUGCAUAUCCUGCCCCUCUUGAAGUACCGAAAGAGAAAGAAAAGGAAAAGGUUUCCACCGCUGUGCUAUCUAUUACUGCCAAGGCUAAAAAGAAGGAAAAAGAAAAGGAGAAAAAAGAAGAGGAGAAAAUGGAAGUGGAUGAGGCAGAGAAAAAGGAAGAAAAAGAGAAGAAAAAAGAACCUGAGCCAAACUUCCAGUUAUUGGAUAACCCAGCCCGAGUUAUGCCUGCCCAGCUAAAGGUCCUAACCAUGACAGAGACUUGUAGAUAUCAACCUUUCAAACCACUCUCCAUUGGAGGCAUCAUCAUUCUGAAGGACACCAGUGAAGAUAUUGAAGAGCUGGUGGAACCUGUGGCAGCCCAUGGGCCAAAAAUCGAGGAGGAAGAACAGGAGCCAGAACCCCCAGAACCAUUUGAGUAUAUUGAUGACUAA